AGCAACGACAACAACGACAACAACAACAAAGAGGCGAUCGUUCGGGGGUUUUGUUUGUUUUCUCGCUCACGUUCUCUCCUAUACCCUGAGGUGCCCCCCAUUUUGGAGGUUGACCCUCCUGUUUUUCUUCCCUCGAUCCUUGCCGUCACUCUUUCUCCUUUUCUCUUCUGCUGUUUCACCGUCGUAAUUCUCCCACUCGUUCGCCAUGGACGACUCGAUGGCUAGCUCCGUCUUCGAUGACGAGGGCAGCUCUGACUUCGUCCCUGAGCCCGCUCCUAAAGCCAAGAAGGCCGCCCCGAAGAAAGCUGCCGCGCCCAAGAAAACCACCCAAACAACCCUGACGGGCAAAAAGACUGCGAAGGCGCCCGCUUCCAAGAAGCGCGCCAAAGCGGACAGCGAAGACGAGUUGUCCGAUGGCAACAACAUGUCCGACGACGACUCCAUGCUGUCCCACACGCCUCCCAAGAAGGCCAAAACGGCUCCAGCUGCCAAAAGAGCUGGCUCGAAACCCCUCGCCGACGUGGAGAAUGAAUCCUUCACCGGCGAGGGCGCAGAGGAACCAUCCAAGGAAGCCAGCGCUUCGGACAAGUACCAGAAGCUAUCACCACGCGAACAUAUUAUCAAACGUCCGGAUACCUAUAUCGGAUCCACUGAGAUGACCCCCCAGCAUAUGUGGGUGUACAGCUCGGUCUCCGAGGGUAUGGAGUUCCGAGAGGUCACCUACGUCCCCGGUCUCUAUAAGAUUUUCGAUGAAAUCGUUGUCAACGCCGCCGACAACAAGCAGAACGAUAAGAACAUGGACGAAAUCCGGGUGACCAUUGACCGCGAGUCGGGUGUUAUCAGUGUCUGGAACAACGGUCGGGGUAUCCCCAUUGAAAUGCACUCGAAGGAAAAGAUCUUCGUCCCCGAGCUGAUCUUCGGUCAUUUGCUCACCUCCUCCAACUACGACGACACUCAGCAGAAGGUGACCGGUGGUCGUAACGGUUUCGGUGCCAAGCUCUGUAACGUCUUUUCCGUCGAGUUCAGCAUUGAAACCCAGGAUUCGCGACAGAAGAAGAAGUACAAGCAGACCUGGACCGACAACAUGACCAAGGUCGGCAAAGCCAAGAUCACGGAGGCCAAGGGUGAGGAUUACACCAAGGUCACCUUCAAGCCCGACUAUGCCAAGUUCGGCAUGACCGGUAUUGAUGACGACUUUGAGGCUUUGGUGAAGCGUCGAGUCUACGAUUUGGCGGGAACCGCCAAGGUGGCCGUGAAAUUGAACGGCAGCCGCAUUCCCAUCCGCAACUUCAAGAAGUACAUGGAGAUGUACACCAAAGCCAUUCGCCGAGAGCGAGGAGAUGAGGGUCCCGCGCCCAAGGAUGAGAUCAUCACAUGCAGCCCCGAUCCUCGGUGGGAGGUUGGUUUCGCGGUGUCGGACGGCUCCUUCCAGCAGGUGUCGUUCGUGAACUCGAUCGCCACAACGUCAGGAGGUACUCACGUCAACUACAUUGCCGACCAGAUUUGCGGCAGACUGGCCACCGAACUCAAGAGGAAGAACAAGAACGGUGCUACGCUCAAGCCUGCGCAGCUCCGCAAUCACAUCUUUAUCUUUGUGAACGCCCUGAUCGUCAACCCGGCCUUUACCUCGCAAACCAAGGAGCAGUUGACCACCAAGCAGACCCAGUUCGGCAGCAAAUGCCCGCUCGAGGACGAUUUCUACAAGAAGAUUCUGAAGACGAAUGUCAUGUCGAAUAUCUUGUCCUUUGCUCAGCACAAGGCGGACCAGAUGCUGAAGAAGUCCGACGGCGGUCGCCGUUCUCGUAUGAACAACCCGAAAUUGACCGAUGCGAACAAGGCCGGAACCAAGGAUGGUCACCACUGUACUCUCAUCUUGACGGAAGGUGACUCGGCCAAGGGUUUGGCGAUGGCUGGGCGUGCGGUUGUCGGUCCCGAUCUAUUCGGUGUCUUCCCGCUGCGAGGAAAACUGCUGAACGUCCGUGAUGCCUCGUUCGAGCAGAUCUCCAAGAACCAGGAAAUCCAAAACAUCAAGAACUUCAUCGGAUUGCAGCACAAGAAAGAAUACACCGAGACUCGUGGGCUGCGUUACGGCCAUCUGAUGAUCAUGACUGAUCAGGAUCACGAUGGUAGUCAUAUCAAGGGUCUACUCAUCAACUUCCUUCAGGCUCAGUUCCCUAGUUUGCUGAAGAUCCCCGAGUUCCUGAUCGAGUUCAUUACUCCCAUUGUGAAAAUCUGGAAGGGUGACCCCAAGAACCCCACGAAACAACAUUCCUUCUUCACGAUGCCCGAGUACGAAGCGUUCAGGGAAGCUCACAAGAAUGAACGUUGGGAGCACAAGUACUACAAGGGUCUGGGUACCAGUACCACUGAGGAUGCCCAGGUUUACUUCCGCGAUCUCGAUCGCCACUUGAAGGAGUUUCACACCAUUCAGGACAACGAGGCCGCCCUGAUCGAACUCGCCUUCUCCAAGAAGAAGGCCGAUGAGCGAAAGGAGUGGCUGCGGCAGUUCAAACCCGGAACCUUCUUGGACCACACGCUUUCCAAGAUCACUUACACCGACUUCAUCAACAAGGAACUUAUUCUUUUCAGUAUGGCCGACAACAUCCGAUCCAUCCCCUCCGUUGUUGAUGGUCUCAAGCCCGGUCAGCGCAAGGUCCUGUACACCUGCUUCCGGCGCAACCUGAAGAAAGAUAUGAAGGUGGUCGAACUGGCGGGUCACGUUUCCGGUAUGACGGCGUACCAGCACGGUGAUACAUCCCUGCAGCAGACGAUUGUCGGCUUGGCGCAAAACUUCGUUGGUUCCAACAACAUCAACUGUCUGGAGCCCAGCGGUAACUUCGGUUCUCGUCUUCAGGGUGGUUCCGAUUGUGCCAGUGCUCGUUACAUCUACACCCGUCUGUCGCCAUUUGCCCGGCGCGUGUUUCAUUCCCACGAUGAUCCGCUCCUCACGUACAAUGAAGAUGAUGGCGAGAAGAUCGAGCCUGAAGUCUACAUGCCCGUUGUGCCCAUGAUCCUGAUCAACGGUGCUGACGGUAUCGGUACUGGAUGGAGUUCGUCGAUUCCCAACUACAACCCCGAGGACAUUGUCGAGAACCUGAGGCGCAUGAUGGACGGCGAGGAGAUCAAGCCCAUGCAGCCGUGGUUCCGAGGCUUCAACGGUGAGGUCACCGAUGUGGGAGGCGAUCGCUACAAAUUCAGCGGUAUCAUCAAGGAGACCGGCGAGAAGGAAGUGGAAAUCACUGAACUCCCCAUCCGCACCUGGACCCAGGAUUUCAAGGACAAACUUGAAGACAUUAUCAAGGCGGAGAAGACCCCCUCGUUCAUCAAGGAUUACAAGGAUUACAACACGCAUCACAAGGUUCACUUCGUUAUCCAGAUGGACGAAAAACACAUGACGGCAGCUUUGUCUGAGGGCCUGGAGGAGAAGUUCAAGCUGACGAAAUCCAUCGCCACCUCCAACUUGGUCGCCUUUGACCCCGAAGGCCGCAUCACGAAAUACGCAGGUGUUGACGACAUUCUCAAGGAAUUCUAUCAAAUCCGUCUCAAGUAUUACGAGCGCCGCAAGCAGUACCAGCUUUCCGAAAUGCAAAGGGAGCUGGACAAACUGAGCAACCAGGCUCGAUUCGUUCAAAUGAUCAUCGACGGUGACUUGGUGGUUUCCAAGAAGAAGAAGAGCGCCCUCGUCGCCGAGCUGAAGGAGAAGAGCUUCAAGCCUUUCCCGAAGGUGAAGGAUGCCGUCAAGGCCGGUGAAAUGGAGCCUGUCGUCGAGGAAGAGGACGAAGAGAAUGCGGAAGACACCGCGGUUCUCUCGAACUCCUACGACUAUCUUCUGGGUAUGGCCAUUUGGUCUUUGACCCAGGAGCGUGUCGAAAAGCUCCGUCGCCAGAUCGGCGACAAGGAGAUGGAAAUCGACGCCUUGAUCAAGAUGUCCAAGGAAGACAUCUGGAAGCGCGACCUCGAGGAAUUCAUCAACGAAUGGCGAUUCCAGAUCGACGAUGAGGCUCGGCGCUUGCGCAAGGUGGCUAACAUGGACCGUCGCAGAUCUUCGAAACUCAUGACGACUGGUCGGGGAUUAGCUGCCAGGAAGCGCAAGGCCGCGACUGAUGAUGAUCCGGACGACGAAGACUUUGCCGCGCCCAAAUCCAAGAAGGCGGCGGCCAAGAAGGCGGAACCUAAGGGCGGUCUUCUCAAUUACCUCGGUAGACCCGCCAAGCCAGCAGCCAAAGCAAAGCCUUCGCCGAUGGACGAGGAUGAUUCGGACGAUGAUUUUGACAUGGAGGUGCUGCCGAAGAAGAGUCGCGGUGCUGCGAAGCCUCAGCCCAAGUCUGAACCCGAGCCCGAACCCGAGCCCGAGCCCAAGAAAGAGGAUGAGGAUCAGGACAUGGCCGAUAUAGCUGAAGAAGUCGCGCCAAAGAAGUCCCGAGCCAAUUCCAAGGCUUCCACUUCUGUCAAGGCCGAGGAGGACGACGCCCCUAAAGCAGCUCCCAAGCGAGGCCGACCGGCAACGAAGGCGUCUUCUACUGCCAGCAAGGCCAAGGCCAAGCCUAAGGAUGAAGACGAUGAUGAUGACUUUGAUGACGACGAUAUCCAAGAAAUCACAAAGACCGAGGCCGCAAAGUCGUCAUAUGGGUCCAACCGCAGGGCCGGCCGGGGUCCGCCCUUGAACACGAUCAUCGACUCCGACAGCGAUGAUGGAGAGGAUCUUCUUGGCGAUGUCAGCAACAUGGUUAAGGGCAUCGGUGGCAAGAGCGGUGCGCCCUCCGAUUCUCGACAGCUCUUCUCGGAGCGCUCUCGACCUGGAAGCAGCGGCUUGACCCCCAGCUCCAAAACCUCGAAGCGAUCGCCUGACUUUGAUGCGGACGAAACCGACUAUAGCAAGCUGGUGCCGCAGAACUCCCCCCGUCGCACGCUGCAAGUCAAGCCCAAGGAUAAGUCGCCGAAGAUGUCGGAUGACAAUGACCCUGAAGAGGACAACGGCGCCGGCGAUGACGAUGACGAGGAUGAGCCCGUGAAGCCCGCGGCCAGCAAGGCAAAGACUACUGCUCGGGGCAAGGCUGCGACGGGUGCCGCCGCGAAGACAGCUGCCGCGAAGACCCGUGGCCGGCCUAAGAAGGACGCGACCACCGCUACCAAGGCCAGUGCUCCUGCCACCAAGCAGACCACCUUGUCUCCGGCUGCCAAGGCCUACGCUUCCAAGCAAGCCAAGACUGCUAAGCCAGCCCCCAAGAAGAAGCAGCUGGCGGACGAUCUGUCGGAUGACGACAUCGAUGCCAUGGCCAACGACAUCUUGGACUCCCCUGCCGGAGGCAAGAAGGGCGACGAGUCGGAAGAGGAGGUGCGUCCCGCCCGGAGGGCAGCCGCUCGACCGGCGCGGCGGACCGCAGCGACCAAGAAGACCUACGUGGUCGAUGAUGAUGACAGUGAGGACGGUGGUGAUGGUGAUUCUGGCGAUGAUUUCGAUGAAAGCGACUAAACGCGCGUGCCCAUGGGAUAGGAUGCAGGGUGCGUUGAACGUUUGCUGCUCCUAGAGUAAUUUCUUUCUACUUGUUUUUACAUAUGUCUUACCUAUGUCCAUGCUUUGUUUCUAUUCACAUUUCGCACUGUUGAAAAGACGUUGAAAGUUCUCGUGUUGAUAACUGGUUUUGAUAUGCAAUCGGACUUGAUCUUCGGUCUCUUUUAUUUCGGUUCCUUCUUUGACCUUCCAAG